CCAACUCCUCCUCUCCCCUUCCUCCGCGCUGCCAGCCAGCCAGCCCACAGCCCGGCGCCAUCAGUGGGUGGGGUGGGUGGUUGCCUGCCUCCGCCUGCUCCACUCCACCGCGCCCGCGGAGACGGCGCCCGCGCUGCUGACCACCGCCCCGCUCGACUUCCCGGCCGCCGCCCGCGCCGCGGUUGGCUGGCUGGUUGGUACUAGGUGGGUGGGUGGCUGCCUGCGGCACGCGAGCGGGCGAUCCGGGGCGAGGAUCUCAUGGAGGAGGACGGCUCCUCUGCCGCCGCCGCGGUGGAGAAUGGCGCGGCGGUGGAGGCGGAGGGAUGCGUCGCCGUGAAGGUGGGCGCGGAGGGGGAGCCCGUCGGCGAUCGGGGGGAUCUCGCGGCCGUGGAAGAGGCGGCGCCGCCGGCGGAGGGCGGAUCUGAGGCCGCCAGCCCGGCCGUAGCGGCGGCCGAGGAGGAGGCGGCGGCGGCAACGGCAAAGGCGCCGGGCAAGAAGGCUGGAUCCGGGGACGCCGCCGGGGCGCGGAAGGGGAAGCUGCCCAACGGCAGGGCGCCCGCCGCCGUCGCGGCCAAGGGGAAGCGGCCCGGCGUCCUCUCGCAGAGCGCCUCGUUCCCGGCGCGGGGGCCGGCCGGCGGCGCCAAGAAGGCUGCUGCCGUGGCGGCUGCGGCUGCCGCGCCCAAGCAGGCUGCAGCCAAGGCGGCGGUGGCCAACGGAUCAGGAUCAGCGGCGGCGUCAGGACGGGCGGCGGUGGCGGUGGACAAGAAGCCGAAGGCGAAUCCGGCUGUUGCUCGCCGGUCGAUGCCUGCCAAGUCUGGAUCAGUGGAUGCCGCGCCAAGUGAUGCAACUCCUGCAGUCCAAGAGUCACAUGAGAACGCCGCCAAACCAUUGAAGCAAGCGCAGCCAGGGAAAACAGAUGAUGAUGUUCUCUCCACCACAUCAAGUACGAAUACUCCCCGUGCAGCAGCCCGCAAGAGUGCUGCUGCUGGCUUCAGUUUCAGAUUGGAGCAGCGUGCUGAGAAGCGAAAGGAGUUCUUCCAAAAGCUUGAAGAGAAAAUCCAUGCAAAGGAGCUUGAACAAACAAAUUUGCAGGAAAAAUCCAAGGAGAGCCAAGAGGCUGAGAUCAAACUUCUGAGGAAGAGCCUGACAUUUAAAGCGACACCAAUGCCAAGCUUUUACAAGGAGCAGCCACCUAAAGUCGAGUUGAAAAAGAUUCCCCCAACACGUGCUAGAUCACCAAAGCUUGGGCGGCACAAGCCAACUACUUCUGCUACUGCUGCUUCUGCAGAUGGUUCUGUAUGUGAGAGCCCACGGAGCACAGCGAAUUCUGGCAAGGUAAAUGAAGUUGCGGAAAACAACAAACCUCGGGCUCCUGCAAGGAAACCUGUCCAGAGAUCAGUCACAAAACCUACGUCCCAAGUGUCUGGAACUGCUAAGGCUGACCCAAGGCCUGUGGUUACAAAACCGAAAACCUUAAACUCGAAACCUAAGGUUUCAAGGGCAAAGGUUGCGCAAGUACAAGACAACCCAGUUGAAGUCCCCCCUUCAGAACCUUCUGCUCCACAAGAGCUCACAGUCGAACAUGGUGUUGGAGAAGCAACAGGACCUGAUCUGGCUGCCCCAUUUGUCACUUCGAAUGAAGUCCCAGUCCAUGGUUGAUCUGCAUCAUUUUGCCUAUUCAUUUCCUUCUUGCAGUUCUGUGAAUAGUGAGGAUGUGUGCUUCAUUGAAAGUUGAAUCUCUCAAAAUUGUCGGGUCAUGGGGUUAUCGUUACCUCAGUAGACAUUCAUUUUUUUCAGCUUGUCAUUGAGCAUGCCAUGUAUAUUGCUUUGAUAUUUUGUCCAUGUUUACAUUUCCCAAUCUUGUGUAUAUUGGAUUUCUAUGUCGUUGGAUAUCCUAGGAUUAUUGCAAUACAUAAAUGCAACUUUGUGGAUUAUUUCGUGGUAUAAGAUCCUGUUACUU